GCUCCUCAGGGCAUGGACUUAUUUGUUUGCCAGACUUCACAUAAUGUACAACAACAUGUACAUCAGUUGCACUAUAUAAGGAUACUUUUUCUAUUAUACCCCCUUAAAAGCCAUGGUUAUAUUACAACAUUCCAUUCUUGUAACUUCUUCAUGUUGAAAAUAUCACAUUAUAUUACUUUCCACUUAAAGAAUUUUCUAUGCAGCUGUGCAAAAUAAUUUUUAAUCCUUUGAAGGGUUUCAAUUAAGGGAAUUUGACAGAUAUCUCCUGCCAGUUUUUAUUUCCUCAGGAUGAAACAAUUAAAUAGGCCUCAAUGCCAUAAAUUUAUAACAUUCAUGAAAUUAAGUGUGAGUUAAGUGUCACAACUAAAAAAACACUUGCUAAGGAGUUCAUUUGUUCUCAGAGGGAGAAAAAGUAGAGUUCCCCAAAAGAACAGCAGAAAUGGACCCACAGGAUGUGUUGAGUAUUUUGACAGAGUAACUCAAGUGCAAAGUCACCUAAUUUAACCCAGAAAAACAGUAAAAGAAAAGAUUGCAACAGUCAACGGCCUGGAGUGAGGUCACCAGCUAAUCUGACUUCAUGACAACAAAAGAUCCUAGACUGAUGAGAAAGUGUCCUCUGAUGGAAGUCGGCAUUCCUCUGCCUAAAAUGAGCCUUUUAGGCUUAAGAAGGAAAAAAUUGUUAGCUUGCCUCGCUUAGACAUAUCCCACAAUAGCAUGUGACCAUCAGCAUUCUGAAACCUUUUGUGGAUUAUAUAAUGAUUAACUGACCAUUCACAUUCUAGAAAUGUCACAUUAGCAGCAGCAAUCAGCUCCUCAGAGAGAAGGCAACAGAGUGUGAAACCUGAAUUCAAGCAACAGGGGUUUGAAAGAAUUACAAAUAAUUAGAAAAUCAGAAAUAAUUUGCAGUUGCUAGAAAUGAAAUUCAAGGUUUGUAAUAUAGCCAUCAUAUUUAAGAUGGUUUCUAGACAGAAAAAGAAAGUCAACUGGCACAGAGGUAUUAGUUAUCUAUCAUAAUUUCCACCUUUUAAAUGUUUUCAUGGGGCUUCUGGUCAUAAAUAUUUCUAAAGUGCAACCUGCUAACUCAAGCCAAUCAAUAAUAUACUGGAACCCUGCAGGUACUUAAGUUAGCAAAGCAGAGAACUCUUUCUUACUAACUAUAUCCCACUGGUGAUUGCAUCUGAGUGUGCAGUGCUACAACUAAUAAAUUAACAAGUCUUCCUUGUCUAGGACAUGCAUACGCUGGUAUCAGAGUUUUAUGUGGAGGAUUGAAUGUUUUACAACACAGUUGUCUUUUGUGAAAAAAGAUGCUCCCUCUACGCUGACAAAAACAUGAACUUCUUACUGUAGAUUUUCCUUAACUUUACAGGAGACCAUCAUUCUUAAAGCUGUCCACUCCAGUCAAAGUCUCUCUUGGAAGUUUCAAAGGCCUACCUUUUUCUUCCAGAAAAACCCAAGCUGUGAUGUUUUGACUUUAAAAAAAACCAAAACUCAGUAAACAGAUGUGGACUUCAGAUAGAAUGAGCAAUGCAAAGAACUGGCUUGGACUUGGUGUGUCCUUAUAUUUUUGGGGACUGAUGGACCUUACUACACUUGCACUGUCUGGGAGUGCCAGGCCACUCACCAAAAGCCAGGAAGAUAACCUGUCGGACAAGCUGCUACUGCAUCAGCGAAUGAAGAGGAGCUGGGUAUGGAACCAGUUUUUUGUUCUUGAAGAAUACACUGGAACCGACCCUCUGUAUGUUGGCAAGCUCCAUUCCGAUAUGGACAGAGGAGAUGGAUCAAUCAAGUACAUUCUCUCAGGAGAAGGUGCUGGCAUUGUAUUUACAAUUGAUGAUACCACUGGGGACAUUCAUGCCAUUCAGAGAUUGGACCGAGAGGAGAGAUCCCAGUAUACCCUGAGGGCUCAGGCUCUGGACAGACGGACAGGCAGGCCAAUGGAACCAGAAUCAGAGUUCAUCAUCAAAAUCCAAGACAUCAAUGACAAUGAACCCAAGUUCCUGGAUGGACCUUAUAUAGCCUCAGUUCCAGAAAUGUCACCAGUAGGCACCUCUGUUAUCCAGGUGACAGCAACAGAUGCUGAUGAUCCAACCUAUGGGAACAGUGCCAGAGUAGUCUACAGUAUUCUCCAGGGCCAACCAUAUUUCUCUGUGGACUCCAGAACAGGCUUAAUUAGGACAGCUCUAAUGAACAUGGACAGAGAAGCAAAAGACUAUUAUGAAGUGAUUAUCCAGGCCAAGGAUAUGGGUGGACAGCUGGGAGGAUUAGCUGGGACAACCACAGUCAACAUCACCCUCUCUGAUGUCAAUGACAAUCCACCCAGAUUUCCACAGAAACAUUAUCAGAUGAGUGUGCUGGAGUCCGCUCCAGUCAGCUCCACUGUGGGUCGUGUUGUUGCUAAAGACCUGGAUGAAGGCAUUAAUGCUGAAAUGAAAUACAGCUUUGUAGAUGGAGAUGGACUGGAUGUCUUUGACAUUAACACUGAUCCUAAUUACCAAGUUGGCAUCAUAACUGUGAGAAAGCCUUUAAGUUUUGAGAGCAAGAAAAGUUACACUUUAAAAGUAGAAGGCACCAAUCCCCACCUGGAAAUGCGUUUCCUGAAUCUGGGCCCCUUCCGAGACACCACGACUGUGCACAUCAUUGUGGAGGAUGUGGACGAGCCACCAGUGUUUGAGCCUAGCUUCUACUUUGUGGAAGUGCCUGAGGAUGUGGAGAUUGGAACCACCAUACAAAUUAUUUCUGCCAGGGACCCUGAUGUGACCAACAACUCAAUCAGAUAUUCAAUUGAUAGAAGCAGUGAUCCCGGGAGGUUCUUUUACGUCGACAUUACAACAGGAGCUCUGAUGACUGCAAGACCUCUUGACCGGGAAGACCUUUCUUGGCACAAUAUCACUGUGCUGGCUGUGGAGCUGAACAAUCCCUCACAGAUUGGCAGUGUAUCAGUCACAGUAAAAGUCCUGGAUGUGAAUGAUAAUGCUCCUCAGUUUUCCAGAUUCUAUGAAGCUUUUGUGUGUGAAAAUGCAAAAGCUGGACAGCUGAUUCAGACAGUGAGUGCAGUAGACCAGGAUGACCCACAAGAGGGUCAGCACUUCUACUACAGCUUGGCUCCUGAGGCAGCUAAUAACCCCAACUUCACUCUAAGGGACAAUCAAGACAACACUGCCUGGAUUUUAACCAGGAGAUCUGGCUUCCGACAGCACGAGCAGAACAUCUUUUAUGUCCCCAUCCUGAUCGCCGAUAACGGGCGCCCCAUGCUGAGCAGUACUGGCACUCUGACCGUGCAUGUGUGCAGCUGUGAUGACGAUGGUGUGGUGAUGUCUUGCAAUGCAGAGGCCUAUAUACUCCCUGUCAGCCUGAGCAGAGGAGCACUCAUUGCAAUCCUAGCCUGCAUCUUUGUCUUGUUAGUGCUCGUGCUGCUCAUCUUAUCCAUGAGGCGGCACAGGAAGCAGCCUUACAUCAUCAAUGAAGAAGAGAACAUCCAUGAGAAUAUCGUCAGGUACGAUGAUGAAGGGGGCGGGGAGGAAGACACCGAGGCCUUUGACAUUGCUGCCAUGUGGAAUCCCCGGGAAGCCCAGAUAGUGGUGAAAAGCAGGCAGGACAUGCUGCCUGAAAUAGAGAGCCUCUCCCGAUACGUGCCUCAGACGUGCAUAACGGACAACAACGUUCACAACUAUGUGCUGGCCAAGCUGUACGAAGCUGACAUGGACCUCUGGGCUCCUCCUUUUGACUCCCUCCAAACAUACAUGUUUGAAGGGAACGGCUCAGUGGCAGAGUCACUCAGCUCAUUACAGUCUGUCACUACGGACUCAGACCAGAGCUAUGACUACCUGACAGACUGGGGACCUCGCUUUAAAAAGCUGGCCGAGAUGUACGGCGUCACAGAGGGCAACGGGGCUCUGUGGUAAUGAGUGAGGAGCAGAGUGUUUUCUACACAACACAAACGUCCUAAUCUAGAUCCGUUCUCAUCGGAAGCUUGUGUGGACAUAGGGCAAGACCUCCUAAAAUUGCAGUAUGGUGCUUGAAUGAGAAUGGGGGAGACGGGUGCAAACAAAGCUCUCUCUCUCUGGCUCAGCUUUACUCAGUUAAAUUAAGUUACAUUUUUAAACAGUGGAGAACAAAAAGAGGAAAGUAUUUCCUGAUUUUUAUAGCUACAUUUGAAAGCUUCAUUCCUGGAAUAUAAUGAUAUUACUCUGUUUUUUUACAUGGCAGCUUACGGAGUUCUUUGCAUCUGGAUAUGAAGAUCCUUAGGGUCCAAUAGUAAUCUUCAGCUCACAGGGAAAUUGCCAGUAAAAGAGGAUGCCUAAUUGGUUAUUUCCCCCCAUUGCUUGCUAACAAAACAGAAAGCAGAAAACUGAAACUGGAAUUGUGAGGAGUGUUCAUUAUAAAAUCAGCCUUCUUCCUUUGUUGCUAAGAGUCCUUUUAACCCUUGAAAAACAAGCCUGACUUUUUCCAUGUUGCUCAGAGGAGAGGGCUUGGAAAGACCUUUGGAUUUGUGCUCUAGUUUAAAGGCUGAUACAUGAGUCACUGAGGCUGAAUACUAAUCCACCCCCUGUCAAGUUAGUGUAAAUUUAUUUUCCUCUCAGCUCUUUAAAAUGUUGGCACUGCAGAACUGCUCAGAACAAAACCAGAAAAUCUGCCUCUUUUGCACUGUAGAUGUCUCUUCCAUGUGCCAAAUGUGAUGGUUAGAUGCUAGCAAUGAAAGCCAAAUAAAAAAAAAUUGAUAAAUACAUGGGUUAGAGGGGCUUUCCUAAUCUGUGUGAGAUCAAUCCAAGGGAUGUUUACAUACUGUAGAUAACCUACUUGAACAAAUGCAGUAUUAUAGAAGAAUAAAUGGAUGUAAGAAAAUUACAUAUAUAAGUUUUGUAUAUUUGUUAAUAAUUUUGGUAAUAAAUAUGAUGUACUGCAUACAGUACAGUACCUUAGCACCUCUUUUAAUAAAAGUUAUACU